GACAUAAUGCAACGAUACAUUGCUCUAAAAUGUUCCACUGCGGUGCCUUUCGUGAUGCCCUCAGUUGAACGAACUCCCCGAGGUCAAUGAUAAUGAUUGACUCUACGCCCGGCUGCGGCAGACUAAAACGUACCGUUCGGCCAUGCCGUCCUGCAAGUCUCUCACCGCCAUCUCUCCACAGACUCAAACCCGCAGGGCCCAUCGUCCGACACUACGUUAGUCCCGUAUCCGGUCUUCGCACAAGCGCAAUGCACGCUCCAGUAGAACGAAUUCCACAAUCCGGGCAGCCAGCGAGCGAGCCGCAGGUGUCGUGCAUUGGUGUUACGUGAUGGCAUGCGUUGGCGAGCGAAGAGGUUGG